AUGGAUAAUCAAGGAGCACCCGCCCGCUCGAGCUUUCCCAACUCGUCGCUGCACGCCACCUCCACAUUCAAGAACAUUUUCCAGAUCCAGAGAACGAAGAGUAACGAGCCUCAGAGAUGGAAGUCGCCGGCGCUGCAUCCUGCGACUCUUAUCAUUGCCAUCAUCACGCCACUCCUGCUCAUACUCACUCUUGUCCUGUUGCUCAGAAGAUCACAACGAGAACAUGGCAUCAUCUUCGCGCAGGAUAUUAACGCUCUUCCUCUUUCGCGGACGUUCCUAUACCAAUACUUCCCCACGAUCCUAGCUGUUGUUUUCAGUAUUUUCUGGGCUUGGAUAGAUCUCGAGGUCAAGCGACUGGAGCCGUGGCAUCGUCUGAGUAACCAGGAAGGUGCACUGGGGAAGGAUAGCCUUCUUCUGGCCUACCCAUUUGGUUUCGUCCCUCUAGUACCUGUGCGAGCGUUGAAAAACAGACAUUGGAACGUCUUUUGGGCUUCACUUGCCCUGGUACUUGUUACCUGGGGCUUGGUUCCUACCCAGUCAGGCAUCUUCUCGACUGAGCACGUCACGCGCACGUUUUCGGCUAAGUUCGACGUCUCAGCGAGCCUCGUACCUGCUAGUGAACAGCCACAAUAUCUUGCUACUCGGUUCGCGCAGUCAACGUAUGGAAUCGUAGUGCUCAAUGAAUCUCUACCCGAAUACAUGACCCUUAAUUAUACCCUAGCUCCCUUCAAACCUUCUUCCAUCGAGCAAGAUGGGCCAGGCGAUGCUACAUUCUGGACCGCACCGACGGUACUCUAUGGACUGGAUCUUCGAUGCGAGGUGGCUACCAAGAUUGGUGUAUCACGAUACAACAACUCAAAAGGCUGUGCCUUCGGAUCACCUCUUGACGGAAAUACGACUAUGCACGCCGUCCCGCAGAUCUUGAGCAAUGUCAAAAAAUUUCAAGGCCAAUACGCCGGAUACUUUAAUCCCGGAAUGGCUGAUUUCUACCUCAGCAGCGACUGUCCACAAGAUCAGAACCACACUUUCUUCGCAGCAUUCACUCAGAACAAGAAGAGCGCUUCUGAUCCUCCGAACAACAUCACUGCAAUAUUUUGCACGCCAGAAUACUAUUCGCAAGAAGUCAACGCAACUGUGGAGAGCGCCACGAAACGCCCUACGAAGGUUGAAACAAUUGGCCCGAAGCACCAAGUCGACAACAGCAUUUUCAAUUCAACCUGGAUGGAGCAAUUACUGAACGGCGGCUGGACGGGUGCAUACCUCCAUGGGGAUGGGCUUCCGGACAACACGAUUCCUAACUACAUGGAGAAGAUAACUGAUAUGAAUGUGAGCUGGGAAAGCAGUCCUCAACCCAUGCUAAAUCUUGCUAUUAUUGUUGGACAACAAACAGAGUUAGAGAGCUAUCUCGACUGGAGAGUAUUGGCUUCAUCAUACGAAAAAGCCUAUCGACUUCUCUUUUUACGCGCCAUGGUUGAUGUUCUUGAAGGCAGAGAGUAUUCGAGUCAUAAGACGACCUUGGGCGAGCUCGUGUCCAAUACAUCAGCAGUUGUACUCGAACCGGUAUUCGCUUAUAUCGUGGUCGGUUUUCUUGGGAUACUUACCGUUCUUGCCGCAAUACUCUACUAUCAAAGCAUUUCUACACAAACUGUGUUAUGCCAGGAUCCGGGUACUAUUGCAAGUCUAAUGGGGCUAGUAGCCAACAACUACAGUUUGCUUGCAGACUUUGAGGGGCUUGACUGCUGCACCAACGAGGAAAUUGAGGAGAUUGUUGCUGAAAGAACAUACAAGCUUGUUGAGCGUGGGCAUAAGACAAGCAUUGUGGAAUUGGCCUCAACCUCCGCAUCAGCCAAAUCUCCGCUUAUCCGCUCUCUUACAUACAAACACUCAAGAUCAUUAAAAUCAGUGCAGAAGCCAGUCAGACCCAAAGAAUUCAGCUGGUGGAUGUUGAUCUUGCUUUUUGGUUUCUUCCUCGGAUUAGCCAUCGGACUAGCGCUUCUUUUCAUCAAAGCAAGACUCAACGGCGUUGCGCUUCCUUCGCAGAACAACUUCGUUCAAAAUUUAUUGGAGAACUACAUUCCGACUGCAAUCGCUACACUCAUUGAGCCCAUUUGGGUCCUGAUGAACCGGCUGCUAUGUUUGCUGCAACCCAUCGAAGAGUUACAGGACUGCAAUGCAAAGGCUAAAGACUCAAUAGAUAUCGACUAUGCUUCGUUGCCGCCACAACUGGUCGUCUGGAAAGCGUUGCGCGCUCGGCAUCUGACUUUAGGAGCUGUUUGUUCCAUGGCUCUUUUGGCGAAUCUGCUCGCCGUCGCUUUCGCGGGUCUUUUCAACCAUCAGGUUGUCGAUAUACAAACAGAGCUUCAUCUUGAUCCACCUUUCGACCUCAAGUUUGUAUCAAUUGACGGAAGUAUCGGCCCGAAGGGACUGGAGAUGUCCGGGUCUGAUUUUGCGUCUGGUGCAUACCAUGGUGGAAACGGACGUGAUCAGUUCCUGGCUCUUGAAUCGAAUUAUACUCGAAACACUUCUCUCCUUGCAUGGACCGACAAAAGAUUCUUCUACCUUCCAUUCGUCUCGCCUAUGCAUGCCAAUGGCACAGAAGAUAGCGAGUACGAGGCUGAAACGACCGCAUUUGGAGCAGAACUGGACUGCACAAUUUUCGACCCACGCUCCAAGGAUUUGUUUUCGCGGACUGGUGAGCCAGGAUCCAUCUUCAACAGCACUCUUACUGGAAAGGAUGGUUCACGAUCCACUUGUGUCAGUGAUUAUCACGUCCAAGCAAGUCCGGGUCCAACAGACUUUAUUGGCGACACGAUAUGCCAACAAGGGCCCUCAGCACUAGAACUAGUCUUGUCACUGGACACCGCCAAUGAAAAUGCCACGCAAGCUGAAAAAGAGAUAUGCUGGCCAUCUAUAUUCAUGGGCUGGCUCCGCACUCCUAAUGGGACAUGUCAAACAUCCAAAAAGACGACAUUGAACUCGCAGAAUUCUUUCUUCCUGGAAUGUAGACCACGACUCGUACGAGGACGUGCUACGAUUCGAGUAGACAAUGCCGGACACUUACUAAAACCAGCCGAGCACACAUUCUUGGAAGACAACUUCAAUGCAGCGACUUCCCAAGGUAUCUUUGAAACCGAUCCCAUCAACCUCAUCGCGCAGUCCAACAAAUACCUUUUCAUGUCCGCUCAGACUUUCUGGCACAACGAAAGUUAUGCGACUGACUUCAUGAACCAUUUCCUUCAACUUGAAAGCAACAGCAAUAGAUUGCUUGAUCCAAAUCAGCAGGUUCCUACCUUGACGGACGUCGAAGAGCCGCUAGGCAGGGUGUACGCAAGCUUGUUCGCCGCAUGGCUUGGAGCAAACAAAGAUCAUUUACUCGUUGCGCGAACAAGCGGGAACUCAUCUUCCUUGACUGGACUGAAAAUCACAAAGGACGAGCGGUUGUUCUUAUCAACACCAUUGUUCGCUAUCGCUGAAGGUAUUCUCUGCAUCUAUGCAGUCGUUGCUUGCUGGGUGUACUUCCGACGACCAGGAAAAUAUCUCGCCCGCCUACCGACUAGUGUCGCUUCUGUUAUCCCCUUGUUUGCCGGAAGCACAGCUGUUCAAGAAAUGCGAGGGUUCUCUCAACUGAAAAGAAGGGGUCGUCUCGAGUCUUUGAAGCAGCUGGACUAUCGAUACGGAUACGGUAGCUAUAUCGGAAUGGAUGGUCGGGUCCACGUUGGAAUUGAGAAAGCACCCUUAAUACGACCGUGGAAGAGGAUUAUUUCAACCUGA